CAAACGGUUUCAACUUUCUAGAUGUUGGGUGUCAUUACCAGCUUAUUCUUCUCUUGUUCUUCUCUUGUUGUGGUCCUUAAUUUGUAUAAAUUUAAAACAAUGCGAUAUAUUGUUGAUCAAUCAGUGGAGUUGUCGGCUGAAGAUGGGAGAAUGACAUCAAGUUCCAUCUUGCUGGAUGAUUUAGCUAUUCAUGUUCAUGUCGCAUGGUUCUCGCAUGAUGUGGUUGGACAGCGGAUUGACUCUAAGAUUGGAUUCCCAUCUAGCUUUGAACUCUCAUGGAAUCUUCGUGCUCAUCAGAGUAAGCCAUGGGCAUCUCCUGCCUUGGAGAUUUUCUCUGUCUUUUUUGGUGGAAGAAGUUUUGGUUCAAUUGAGGUUUUAUCAAAUGAUGAUGACAAGAUUUGUUAUAUCUUUAACAGAGAUAAAAAAGAUGCCUUGAUAUUAUCUGAAAAUGAGAAAUCAUUACCUGUAUCAGAUGGUUCCAGAGAUUUUGAUGAUUGUAGUUCAUUACAAAUGAAGUUUAGCAUAAAGGAUACUGAAGACCGUUUAGCUAUUCGAGGCUUAGUGGAUUGGGCAGCUUCUGUACUUCACUUCUUUGUGGUAUGAAAAGCAAUUGUGUUCUCUUAUUCCGGGUCAACAGGGAGGAUUUGCAGCAAUACACUAUUCAAUCUUCUCAGAAGCUGUUGGUGCAAACAUUAAGGUGUUUCUAAAUCCUAAAACAGGAUGUGGUGAUGUUUGUCCUAAGAUUUGGGGUAGCCUUAUUGCUCAAUAUAGUUGCUAUGACUAUACAUCGCGCUUUAACAAAGACUACUACCGGAUUGUGUUAUUCGAGAAG